GGAGGGCGGAGCGACCUGAGGAAGGCGGGUUGAUAGGUUGGACUGGCUCGGGGGAGGGAUGAAGGGCGGGACUCUAACGCCAAUAACGGCCAGAGUUUUAGCGGCUGCGCAGUGCGUUUUGCGCAAGCGCGACUCUUUUGAAUCCUGUUUAUUUAGGACCUAGUUUGAAGUGCGGAACCCGAGGCUCUUGGGCCGCGGCUUCCGUCCGCAAUCUGACUCAGGGCGGACGACUUUUUUCUUGACCCACCUGGAACCCUGGCCUGCUGGGGUUUCGCUCCCAGGCCUCAGUUGGGCUUUGUGGGCCGGAAACAUGGCCUCCUUCCAUCUGGAUCAUCUAAAGAAUUACCACAGAAGAUUUUGCCGGCCUUCCAGAGCGCCCAACAUUCAUGCAAAGCAAGGCCAGAAUGUGCUGGAAGUCUUACAAGACUGUUUUGAUGAACAAAGUUCUACAGAGUCAUUGCUUUCUUUCACACCUAAAGCGAAAGAUACUCGCAGUCAAUCGGCAGGCAAAGAGUGCCAGGCAUCACAUUCACAGUCAGUUCCAGUUUCUUCAGGGAGGAAAGAUGCUUCUCCACAAGUUACUGCAGAACCAAGUGAAGCCACUCUUGGAUCAGUUCAGGCUAAUGAAGUUCAUCAGAAAAUUCUGACUUCUGAUGUUUCUGAAAGUCCAGCGAACUCAAACAACAUGUCAAGUAAAAAAACAAAUGAAUCCCGCAGUGCCACCAAGGAUCACCUUUACUUACCUGGCGGCUCCCCUGUUGUUCCUUUGUAUGAAAAAAUGUCUGAAUCGCAGAAUGUUAUUUCAUCUCUCAGCCAAAGGAGAGGGGCUUACAACUCAAGAAAUUCAAUAGAUACUAAAUCUUCAUACACAGACAUUUCUCUUAAAACCAGGAAAAGGUUAAACUUUGAAGGUAAAGAUAGUUUGAACAAAGCAGAAGUAGAGAACAAUGUAUUAGAAGUAUCAGAAGGACAAGAAGGGACAUCAUCAGAAACAUCUCAGAAAAGAGCACAAGAUUUGACCUAUGAAAUUCAACCACAAUCUAGAAAGAGUUUUUCAACAUUGUAUUUAGAAACUGUCAAGAGGAAAAGUGAAUCCAGUUCCAGUGUUAGGCACACAGCAGCAAUUUCACCUCACUCAUCUCCAAAGGCCAGGACAUUGCUAGAAGAUGAAUUUAUUAUUGAAGAAUCGGGGAGAAGUUUUGAAAGUCAACCUUGGGUGAAAAUUCCAAGAAAAGACAGACAUCAGAGCCACCACUUGCCAUCUCCUGAAAACAUGGUAGCUGCUAAAGAUAAGAAACCGGAAGAAAAACCUCAUAGUGUGUCAGCUACGUCUUUGAUGCAUGACACACAGUUUCAUAAGGCUUCCCCAAUAGAGAAAUCUCAGCCCUCUGUUGAAAAAAUCCUGGGGACUAGUUAUAUAGAUGAAUUGGAAAGUGAUUAUAGUUCUACAGAAAAUAAAAUACAUUCUGAGAAUGCCAAAAAAACAUCUGAAAGCAAAAGGACUCUAAGACAGAAGAAGCAAAGAGUAUCAAAGCCUAAAGUAGUUGAAGAGCAACUUGAUAUGGGACAGGGCAAAAAGAAAAAGAGGAAUAUGUCAAAUACUGACAAAUUACAACUAAAUUCAAAAAGAAAUAUGGAAGAUUGUGAAGAGGCAAGAAAUAAGCCUAUUCCUAAGAAGCAGAUAUCCCCUGUUGAAAAGAAAAAGAAAAAGCAUAGCAUCCAAAAAGAUAUGGAAAAAUCCAGGAAGAAAAGUUUUUCUGGUGGUUCCAAGGACAAACAAGAGCAAGAGAUUGUCAGAAGUGGUAGAAUUUCUCGUUGUCCAUCUGAGUGGUGGCUGGUAAAACCAGAGAAAGGUUCUUUUGAUAGAAGCUUUUCAAGAGAAAGUAUAUUGUCAGUGGUGCAUCACAAUGGAAAAAAGCGGACUAGGAAAAGUCAGUUAUCUAAGAAUACUGGGAAAAAACCUUCUCCAUCAAAAAGACGGAAAACAGAGAGCAGCUCAAGAGUACAGAAGUCUUUAAACACUAAGGGUUCUAGAAGUGUUAGUCAUGAUGAAAUUUCUGGUUCCCAGAGUGAGCCAUUGGAAAACGAGGCAGACUCAACUCAGAAGAAAAGUCUUGAUAUUUCUGGACCUACAGGAGGCUCUAAGUAUCAAAACAGUGUUAUGACUUCACAGAAUGUUCAUUUAAAGUCUCAUACUGGGGAGAAUACACGUAAAUCAUCAAUGAAGUCUAAUUCCAAUGCAGGGGAGCCUAAAAAUUCAAUUUGGGAAGAAAGUGGACCUUCCAGGUUCAAGGAUCAUGUAAUGUCUAAAAGCAAUAAUUCUGACAUGGGUGAUGAAAAGGAUCAGGAGAGUUCGGAUUUAAGAAUAAGAAGUUCUAAUGUACUACCAGAUAGUAGUAUACAUCACAAAUUAGUACUGCCCUCUAAUUCACCAAAUGUUCGUAGAACAAAGAGAAUACGUUUGAAACCUCUCGAAUAUUGGCGAGGGGAACGGAUAGAUUAUCAAGAAAGACCAUCAGGAAGAGUUGUGAUUGGAAUAGUAUCCCCACCUCCAGUAUCACCCAUAAAAAAGGCAAAAAGAAACCUGGACAAAGUCAACAAAAAAGCCAACAAGAAACGGAUCCAUCGUGAUAACCAUGAAAAGGAUAGGUUAGUGGUGAAUCUGGAUAAACCCCUAGGAAAUCCCUUUGAGGCAACAUUGGCAAAGGACCCAGAAACAAGAGAGAUUGUCCCUAUGGAUCUUAUAAGGCCACGAGAUACAUACCAAUUUUUUGUGGAGCAACAUGGUUUAAAAGUUUUUAAAACGUUGGAUACAGCAGUCUUUUCUACUGGAAAACUGAUUUUAGGACCCUAUGAAGAAAAGGGAAAACAGCAUGUUGGCCAAGAUAUAUUGGUUUUUUAUGUUAACUUUGGUGACCUUUUAUGUACCUUACAUGAAACAGCAUAUAUGAUAAGUACUGGUGAUUCGUUCUAUGUUCCUUCAGGUAAUCAUUACAACAUUAAAAACCUCUUGAAUGUUGAAAGUUGUCUUCUUUUUACUCAAAUAAAGAGAUGAAAGGUGCAUACAUGUA